AUGGAGAAGCUCCGCCGAUUCCAGACGUUCAAGGAGACGGCGCUCCGCGUCGCGUCUCGUGCUGGAGUCGCAGGAGGCCGGGCUCCGGUGUCGCAGGACGACGACGCUGGCGGAGUGGCGCAACCGCAACCUCAACCUCACUGCUCCUCCGUCCGUGAAAAGGCGCGGCGGCGACUUGCCCUCCCAGUUGCCUGGGACUGGCGUGAGAAGACGUGCGGUGAUCAGCCGUGCCUCGGUCCCGUCAAGGAUCAGGGGAACUGUGGCUCCUGCUGGGCCUUCGCGGCGACGGGCGCCAUGGAGGCUCACCACGCCAUCAUAGGGGCGAGAAACAAGGAGAAGCCGAUCCAGCUGUCCCAGCAAGAGCUGAUCGAUUGCGAUCCGGGGAGCGAUAAAUGCCCCGUCGUCGUCUCCAUCGCCGUCGGCGACAACAACACAGAAUUCAGAUAUUACGAGGGCGGGGUGUAUGGCAAGGACAAGAAGUGCGGACUUUGGAACGAUCACGAGCUUCUUCUCGUAGGGUACGACUCCAACACCUACAUUCUCAAGAACUCUUAUGGAGAUGACUGGGGCGUAGAGGCUUUAAUAAAUCCAGAACCUUAUAUAUACGUCAAGAAAAGUUUGUGCCUGUUGGCAGCCAGAACCUAA